UGAAAACUAUAAAGAUCUAUUCUGGCUGUGUAGAUCACAACUCAAAACAACGAGACCAUGACAGAUCAUUUACCCUUUUCCGUAGCUCCCAGUCCCACCAGUGCUAUCCACUACUCGGCCACCAAAUGUAUAAAUCGCCACAGGUCACGUGGCUGGCUCAUGCCCUGGGGAUUAAAUCGCUGCCACCAGGUCAAGAGUUUUGACGAACCUUUGGCAAAAACUCUGGAUGCCAAUGACAUUGUUUUUGCCGUUCAUGUACCGCUUCCCAACAUGGAGAUGAGCCCUUGGUUCCAGUACGUGCUGGCUGUUCUUCAGUUUGACAUUGCAUUCAAAAUGAUUAAUCAGAUUGAAGAUGAUGUUAUCAUCACUAUUGACGCUGGCAUCGCAUACAGAGAUAAUGGGAUGUCUGAGUGGACCACACAGUUUCAAUCGAUGGAGCAAAGGCCACUCAGGUGCAUGUUAGGAGUCCCUAAGAUCUAUGAAAACGAAGGCCGCUUUUACCAGUGUGACCCCAUACCCUUCAUGGAGCUGGGUACUGUUGCCCACAAGUACUUUUUAAUUAACCUGCGCUUGCCAGUGAAUGACACAAUCAAUGUUGGAAUUGGAGAAAUAAAAGACAUCCAUAUGGUGGGCAUCCACCAGAACGGAGGCUUUACUAAAGUGUGGAUCAGCCUCAAGACUGUGUUCAGUCCCUGGAUACUCGUGGCAACAGCUUGGUACUGGUACCGAAUCAGCCUGAUGGCGAGACCUCCAGUCCUUUUGGAAAAGGUGAUUUUAGCUCUGGGUGUCUCCAUGACCUUCCUGAAUGUUCCGGUGGAGUGGCUCUCCCUUGGCUUUGAGUGGACGUGGAUGCUGCUGUUUGAGGAUGUACAGCAGGGCAUCUUCUACGCCACACUGUUCUGUUUCUGGGUCAUCUUCUGUGGCGAACACCUCAUGGACCAAAGUCAGAGGAAUCGUCUCUCAGCGUACUGGUGGCAGGUCGGAAUAGUUGUGUUUGGAUCAUCCGUCCUCCUCAUAUUUGACCUUAGUGAAAGGGGCGUUCAUUUGACCAACCCUUUCUACAGCGUGUGGGCAUCAGACAUCGGGACAAAGGUUUCCUUUACCUUCAUCAUUGUGGCAGGGCUUUCAGUCUGUCUGUAUUUCUUUUCCCUCUGUCACAUGGUGCGUUGUGUGUUUAGAAACAUUGGUGGGAAAGUGCAGCAACUUCCUGCAAUGCCAGAGGCCAGGAGGCUGUGCUAUAAGGGUAUCAUCUUCAGGUUCAAGUUUUUGAUGCUGGUAACUCUAGUAUGUGCAGCCAUGACUAUCAUCUUCUUCAUCUUGAAUCAAGUCAGUGAAGGCCACUGGCACUGGGGAGACUUCACUCUCCAGGUCGACAGUGCUUUUCUCACAGGAAUCUAUGGUAUGUGGAAUCUGUACGUUUUCACCAUCAUCUUCCUCUACGCACCCUCCCACAAGCACAACAGACACAGGUCGGGAGACUGUCCACCAACAGGUGUGAUAGAGGAGCCACAGAGUCAAGAGACGCAGCUGACAUGUGGAGAGCAGGGGCCAACAGAGACAUACCGGAUGACUGGGAAGGUGGCUGAGGAUUAAAUACAAGCCUUUGUUCACAUUAAUGUCUAAUUCUAUAUGAUGUCUAUAUUCCUGUUCAUUUGAAUGACCAACAACAAAUAGCAGUUUUAGAAAAAGCAUACCAUCAGCAAACUUAACUUUAGGGAUUUACCCACUAGUACUGAGAAAAACCCACAGUCCUUUCAGUUCAUGUCGAACAAUAUUUACAACACAUUCAGUAUGUGCAUACAAUAAGCUAUAGAGAAAAUACACUGAAUGUUUUAAAAUGGACAAAACAUUUAUAAAAGUAAAAAUAGGUGGAUGUUAAUCCCACUAUUCUGCUACUCUCAAAAGGUAACUGCAGGCAGAACAGGGUUUAACUAAUAACGAUAAUCCUUAAAUGAUAAUAAAUAUCCACAAAGAAUGAUCUGCCUGGUUCUCUUUACCUCCUCAUAUUAUACAGAUUAUUAAAGCUGAAUGCUGUAUACUUUUUUUGUGUAUAUAUACAGUUGAUCCGACAAAAUAAAAUAAUUUGGCUCUG